AUGAAACACUUGGUUCUAGUUCAUGAUGCUUGUCAUGGUGGAUGGAGUUGGUACAAGAUAGUGAAUUUGCUAAGCUCGGCUGGUUAUCGAGUUACUACACUUGAUCUUUGUGGUAACCUCGAGAGUCAUGAGGAGGACGAGAUAGUAUCGAUUUCUGAUUACCUGCAGCCAUUGAUGGAGUUCAUGUCAUCUUUUCUUCAAGAGGAACGGGUGAUACUAGUGGGUCACGGCUACGGAGGUGUUGGUGUGUCUCUUGCAAUGGAGAAAUUCCCAGAAAAGAUAUCUGUUGCCGUUUUCGUCGCUGCUGUGAUGCCUAGCUGCAGAUCACCUCUCAUUGAUGUCUUUGAAGAGUUUUUCACGAGGGCACCUGUAGAGACUCUAUUGGAUUGCGAAUUUUCCUUUGAUCUGGGUCGAGAGAACCUUCCAACUUCGGUUAUCCUUGGCCCGGAUUUCCUCUUAUACGAGAUGUACAACUGCUGCCCAUUUGAGGUAAUUUGGAUAUUAAAAUGGCUUCCUUAUUGGUUGAGCCCUCUAGCUUUGUUCUUCAAAGAUUUGACAAAUGAAAAGGUGCUUUCCAAGGAGAAAUUCGGGUCGGUUAAUCGGGUUUACAUCAAAUGUGAUCAUUUCCAACGUUGGAUGAUAGAUAAUAGUCCAACGAAAGAUGUAAAAGUGAUUGAAGGUGCACAUCAUAUGGUUAUGAUCUCGAAGCCCAAUGAGCUUUAUGAAUGCUUAAAGGACAUAGCUGGGAAAUAA